AUGUCGGGAAAGGAAAAUAGAGCAACGAAUCUAUGCCUGGAAGAGUCAAAGAGGCAAAGAGGCAAAGGCGACAAGGAACUCGGAAAAGGAGGCGCCAAGCGCCAUCGCAAAGUUCUCUGUGAAAGCAUCCAGGGAAUCACCAAGCCCACUAUCGGUGUGAAGUGUAUCUCCGGUCUGAUCUACGAGGAGACCCGCCGUGUCCUGAAGGUGUUCCUGGAGAACGUGAUCUGUGACGCCAUCACCUACACCGAGCAUGCCAAGAGGAAGACCGUUACCGCCAUGGACGUGGUCUUCGCUCUGAAAUGCCAGGGACGCACCCUGUACGGUUUCGGCGGUUAA